AGUUACCCCUGGCCAAGCGGACAGUAUUACAACGAUGGCGGGGGACUCUCCAACGGAGCUUCUUUUUCUGGAUACGUUUAAGCAUCAGAGUGCAGAGUUAACCAACGUAGAUGUGGUGCGGUUUCCCUGCGGGGUGUUGAUCACAGAAGUGCGGGUUAUUCCUCCAGGGAUCAAAGCUCACAGCAACUUACCGGACAGCAGAGCAUUUGGGGAGACAUCUCCUCAUGCUUUCCAGCUGGAGCUGUUCUUCAAUAAUGUCACCAAACCCAACAGUCCCACCUUCCACAGAUUGGGCAGUCUUGAAUAUGAUGAGAACAAGUCUAUUGUCUUCCGCCCAAGUGGAAAGGUGAACACAGAUGGCCUAGUGCUGCGUGGCUGGUACACCAGUCUGACUGUUGCAGUGUAUGGGACAGCAGAGCGCUCACAUGGACAUGACCAAGACUCACCCCCCCCUCCACCACCUCCACCCCCCCAACAGCCAAGUGGUCUCAAGAGGAUCGUUAAACAAGAGUGGGAAAAAGAUGACCAGUACAAUGGCAGUCCACCCAGACAAGGACCAAGGGGGCCUCGAACCCCACCGGGACCUCCACCACCAGACGACGAUGACGAGGAGCAAGUCCCAGUGACAGUGGGCGUGGUCAAAGAAGAGACAUGUGAGGGUCGUGAUGACUACCUGGAAGCCGUCUCACCUGAAAGAUCACUACCAGCCGAUGAAACCUAUUCUGAUGCUGAACAAGAGGAAGAAGGUGACGAUGAGGAGGAAGAAGAGCAGGAGGAGGAGGAAGAUGCGCGAACAGAAGGGAGCGCCCUGGAGGAGGAAGAGGAAGAAGACGAGGAGGAAGAUGAGGGUGAGGAAGAGGAAGAGGAGAUGGAGGAAGGUGAUGAUGGCUACGAGCAGAUUUCCAGUGAUGAAGAUGACCUGGACAAUGGCAGUUUCAAGUUGCAAACUUUUGACAUGGUCUAUACUCCUGAGGACUUGGCAUCAGUUCCCCCAGUUCAGUAUGAUCCCUAUGAGCGAGAACUCAGGCCCUUGCUCUUCUUCAACCCUCCUUAUAAAACACGUUUUGACACCCAGCUGGAAAAGGCUAGUGUGGAGGAGCCCAUUGAUCCUGGUGGUACUGAAGGACCCGCAGCCGGAGAGGAUGCUGAGGCUGUUGCUCAGUUGAAAGAGUUGCUAACUAGCAUCAGCGAUGACAGAGAUGCACGAUGGGUCAAUGCCCUAGAGGAGGCCCCUGGACUCCUGGGUAAAGGGUUGGCUUAUCUAAUCAAACAGAGUGAAGGGGAGAGCGAGGGGGAAGACCCUGUUGGAAUUCUGGUCCAGUGGGCUCUACAGGCUCUCAGUAUGGAUAUUGCUCUCACACAACCCAUUGCACUUAACCUCAGACAACUGAAAGCUGGUGCCAAGCUAGCAUCCCAUCUGGCAGAGUGUCCUCAGGGCCUCACCAUUCUUCUGCGUGAAGGUGCCCUGGGCGUGCUGCUGGAGCUGCUCCAUACAGAUCACAUCUCCUCAACACUGAAGCUGAGCAUCAUAAGGGCUCUGGAUGCUCUGACCAGUGCUCCUGAAGGGGUGGAAAUUUUCCUAAACACAGGAGACUCAGAGAAGAGCGGCUAUCAGCGUUUAGUUCAGCUUUUCCUGCAUGAAGAAACUGUGAGGGUUAUAACAGCUGGAAAUGCCAUAUUACAGAAAAGCCACGUUUAUGAGGUUCUUGCUGAUUUACAGCGAUCAGCAGCUGCACUGAGUGAAUCUCCACAGGUACAAGCACACACAACUACUUCAUUCACACUUAUUUGUCAAAAUAUUGGGUAUAUUUAUUAUGAUGACUGUUGCUGUUAUUUACAGGAGGAGAUGGAAGGAGCCGAGAGUCCCAUGGAGGAGGAACCAUCACUGAGUUCCUCCCCUGUGAGUGAGGCAGAGCUUGAUAGGCUGGCAGGUGUUUUGGAAGAGUUACAUCACCUGUUAGAGACUGCUCCUCACUGCAUGGUCCAGCCCCCUGGGAAAGCUUUCCCGACCACUGUUAGGAUAACAGGACCGCAAGAGAGGGACGACCCAUACCCAACACUCUACAGGUAUAUGCAUGCCUGCCAUUUCUUGGAAAGUACAACAGUCGUGUUGUCGGUGGCUGCAGCAGCGGGGCACUUAGGAGUCAUCCAAGCCAUUAAAGAACUCUUACGGUUCCUAUCACUCACCCAGUCCGGCCUCCUCUUCCUUCUGGCCCAGCCCACUCCAUCCAACCUCCUGCUGCGUCUCCUGGCUUCGGUGGCCGAGGCAGAAGGCGAGGAGACCACCUUGACAGGAGGAGAGGGUGGGGGUCUCACAGGGCCAGGGUUUGGUGAAGAGGGCUUUGGUGUCUGGCUCAUGCAGGCGCUACAUGCUCUGCAGGGUGUGUCAGAGCUCAUGAGCCACGUUGCCACAGGAGGAGACGGCGGAGUGGGGCUAGAGGAAGGUGACAACCCAGAAGUACUGGGCAUGCUCCACGCACUCUACCUGAUGACUUUCACUCAGACUGGACGCAGCGCUGUGGCUCACGUUCUCAGCUUGGACAACAACCUGUCCUGCCUGGUCACGCUGCUCCAGCACCACAGCAAGGAUGGACAGGGUGAGGCCAAAGCUCGUAAAGCAGUGACGUAUAACUACGCUUGUAUGCUGGUGUUACUGGUGGCACAGAGCUCCAAUGAACUGCGGAUGAUGGAACAGUUUGCUGCUCCUUUGCUGUCCAUAGCGAAGGCCGAUGACACCAAUCCCAAAUUACAGGAGUUGAGUAAAUGGCUGGAGCCUUUGGAGAAACUGCGUUUUGAUAUUGGCAGCAUUCCCACCCUCAUAGACUACAUCAAACAGAAUGUGGAAAAUGUGUUGACGGCCGAGGGAACCGGACUCGUCACUGCUCUCAGGGUCCUCUGUCACAUCGCCUGCCCUCCACCUGCUGUCGAAGGUCAGCAGAGGGAUCUUAAGUGGAGUCUUGCUGGCGUCCAGUUGUUUUCUGGUGAAGGUCUUGACACAUGUGUGCGUGUCCUGCAGAAACUGUGCAGUGUGCUGCUGCAGCCGUGGCGUGUUCAUGGGCACAUGGGCCCCACACCGCAGCGCUGCAUGAUCCUCAGUAUAUGUAUCAGCACACUGCGGUUGUUGCGGACCAUGCUGACGGAGCUGCUGCGUGGGGGAGCAUUUCAGUUCAGAGACACUCGCGUUGCAAGCGUGUUAGUGACACUCCACAUGAUAGUCUGCUCCAUCCCUGCGUCUGGUCGCCUAGACGGGGAGGAGACAAGAGUGCAGGCGCUGAUUGUGGACAUACUGCUCACCUUCACACAGGGAGUGAAUGAGGAGGUGACUCAUACCGAAGAGACCCUGGCCAGUAACACGUGGUCUCUGAUGCUUAAAGAGGUUUUGUGUUCACUUCUGAAAGCUCCUGAAGGUCUGUUUUCAGGCCUGACACUGCUGUCUGAGCUCCUUCCUCUGCCGCUGCCAAUGCAGAGCACUCAGGUCAUUUCAGUCCAAGAUGUGGCUGUAGCCUUAAACACAAGGAAACUGUGGAGCAUGCACCUACGGGCAAAGUGGAAGGAGUUUUCGGAGGCGUUGAGGUGUGUGUGCGCCACCAGCUGCCCUCCUCUCCUCGCCAUGCUGAGGAGAGUGUGUGUCCAACUGGCAGACCUGUCCUCACCCACUGCAACCCUCAUCAUGAAGACCCUACUGGAGCUGCUGCUAGAAGAACUUCAGCCGACGGAAGGGAAAGGCGUGUGUUGGGGACAAGUCCUCCGGCUGCUUUCUUUGAUGGACGCCCUGGUGUCACAGAGAGCUUGUAAGAGCGCAUCGUUACACCUGCUCUCUGGGUCUGUAUCUGGAGACGAACAACUAGCCGAUCUGUUUCCACUGCUGCUGUCACUGCUGGUUCCCCCUGCAGACCACUCCUUACAGCAGCAGUGCAGUGAAGUAGUUGGCACUAUUUUACAGUCACUAUGUGACCAGGAUAUUUCUCUGGUGGUUUCUCCACCUGGUGAAGGCUGUGUGUCUGAGGUAGAGCAGCUAGCUAACUCACUUCCUGGACGAGAGAUGAUGUCAUCUGUAUGCAACGCCUUGUUGGAGGUUUUGGGAAACGCAGAGAGCAGUGCACCACUUCUACUUACCUGCAUCAGAACGCUGACAUUCCUCACAGAACACGACUAUGGACUGUAUCAUCUCAAAGUUUCUUUGAAGAAACAUGGUGCUAGUUUGUGCUCCUUGUUGAAGAGACUAGUGUUUCCCUUUAAAAAGGACACGGCGGAUCUCCUGUCCACUCUGCUGGACUUCCUCAGACAGAUCCUCAACACAGAAUCAAUGUGUGUUGAGGAGGGACAAGGGUCUGGUGAGGAUGUGGGCUUCGUUCCUCCUCGGUUGUUGACGGGCUCUGAGAUGAAAGCUCUGCUGCAGUGGGAGGAGUCGGACUCACAUCCUCUUCCAACUUUGGAGAAACAAAUUACGAAACUAUGUAAAGAGGAUGAGUCAUUGGAGACGAUGCUGGAAAAUGUGAUUGUUCUAAGGCAGACGCUGGAGACGGCCAGUGAUACGCCUCCUGCUGCUGAUACUGAACCCACUCUGCCUGCACCUGAGACACUUGGAGCACAGUUUAAUCACAGGACUGUGUUCAUUCUGUCUGAAGCUCUGGAUGAACAGCUGAAGGCUCUGUGGUUUUCUCCCUUUCAAACUGAUGAUAUUGAAUCAGAUGUUGAUAUGGUGAAGGUGGAUCUCGUUGGUCUGGCUCAGGAAUGUUGUCCAGAGUUGGACUUGAAGGCUGAGUUGGAGCGCUCCUUCCUAUCAGAGCCAUCCUCUCCCGGUCACACUAAGGCCCCCAAAGGCUCCAGACUCGGCAAACACAAGCAUGAGACUUUCAUCACAUCAAGUGGUAAACUGGAUUAUGUGGAGCCUGCUAAGAGAGCCCACAUCAUGGCAGCACCACGAGGCCGUGGAGGUCGUGGUGGGUUUGGACAGAAUGCCUCCCGACCCCAUGAUCUCUUCCGGCAGCGCAAACAGAAUACCUCUCGACCUCCCAGCAUGCACGUGGAUGACUUUGUGGCAGCAGAGUUUAAAGACAUUACAACCCCACUUGGACUUUUACCUCCUAAACGCCCCCCAAAGAGCUCCCCUAAACCCCCAACUAGAGGACUGUUCACUGGUAACAGAGGCAGAGCCACCUUUCACAGCCAGACACGCUUCUUCACUCCACCUCAACCUAAAGGCGUUCUGCUGUCUGGUAAUUACACUCGAAGGGAGGGCGGCCGUGGCUCUUCAUGGAGCGGCCAAGUUCCAGCUGUCACUCACAGAGGAACCUACAGUGAACCCCGCGGAGGUCAGAGCAACUUCACACGUGGACCUCUGCCCUCCAGACAACCACCUGCAAGUGCAUAUCGCUUGGCACCACGGGACAGAGCUCCACGAGGCAGAGGCGGCACCGGGCUGUCAUGGCUUAGUGGAGGAGGAGGAGCCGGCGGUGCAGGCGCUGGCGGAGGUGGAGGAGGGGGAGGAGGAAGAGGAUCUCAAGGGAGCAAGUUCAGUGGCGGAGGGAGUGGGGGUGGAAGGGGCAGACAUGUUCGCUCCUUUACCAGGUAAAUUCACCUGGGUAAUGACU